AUGUCAUUUACGCUGAGCAUUCAGCAGGGCCCUGCGCGCAUUGCGCAGCAGCGGCUGCUCCCUGCCUUCCGGACAUCCAUGCGAAGCUUCCACCAACAAGCACCCAAAAAGCCCAGCAGCGCAUUCUUCAGCUCCCGCAUUGCAUCAGCGACAACCCGCCAUGGCUUUGCGCGAUCAUAUUACCAAGAGGCCGCGACCCGGCAGGAGUCUGUGACGAGCGGAACGGGUCUCCGCAGGCUGCUCGUGGGAGGAGCCAUCUUUGGCGGCACGCUGGUGGCGAUCAACACUGUCUUCAACCGCGAGACGAGAGAGGAUGGUGGGAUGCCUCUGUUUGAGCGGGAAUACCUGAACAACACCUUCUUGCACACUGGACUUGGCAUUGGUAUCAUUGGCUUGACGGCUAGGCAGAUGGUACAGACGGGAUUCGUGUACCGCCUGAUGGUGACGAACCCAUGGGUUGUGGGAUUGGGUGGCUUGGCGCUGAGCUUUGCCACAAUGAUUGGAACUCGGUCUAUUAGCCCUGAUAACUACGUCCCCAAGUACGCUCUCUGGACUGCCUUUAACGCCACCCAGGCUGCCUUUGUUGCUCCUAUGCUGGCGUUUGUGCCCGUACCUCUUCUCGCCCGCGCUGGUCUCUACACUGUUGCUAUGAUGGGUGCCCUGUCUGUCGUCGGCGCUACGGCGAAGCAGGAGAAGUACCUCUACAUUGGUGGACCUCUUCUGGCCGGUGCUGCCAUCAUCGCCGCCUCUGGUCUGGCCCCUCUUGUCAUCCCUGCUACCGCUGUCCGGACACUGGCCUUCAGUCAGAACAUCUGGCUGUACGGUGGUCUUGCCGUCUUUGGCGGCUUCACCCUGUAUGAUGUACAAAAGGUGCUUCACCACGCCCGUCUGGCUCAGGCUGGUGUUAUCAAGCGGGAUCCCGUCAACGAGAGCAUCUCGCUGGAGUUGGACUUUUUGAACAUUUUCAUCCGCAUGGUGCAGAUUCUGAUGAUGAACCAGAACCGGAGGAAAUAA